GACACCAGUAGUGCAAGACAAGGGUGCUGUACCACAAUGAUCGGAAGACUGGCUGCUUUGAUUCUACUUAGUACAAUGUCUCUGAUUCAAACUGCAGAGGUUCCUCACCAGCUCUCUUUGACUGUGUUUGAACUUGGUGACAAUUUUACUUUUCACUGUCCAGUUUCUGAGACGGAGAGCAAAUACUUAUACUGGCAUAAGCAGUCUCUUGGAUAUAUGGUACAAACGAUCGCUGCUGUCAUUCAUAGCAAAAUAUCAGUUACUGAACAAUUUAAAGACUCACGUCUUACAGUCACAAAAGGGGAUACUCAGUAUUUUCUCACAAUCAGAAAUGUCAGCAAAGAGGAUGAAGCAACAUACUUCUGUCAAAGUGGAGCAGCGUAUUCAAAGAGUUUUAUUAAUGGCAUCUUCUUGGCUGUGAUUGAUCGUAACCAGCAGAAAUCUGUCAACGUGAAACAAAGUCCAGAAACAGCAUCAGUCCAGCCGGGCGGCUCGGUGACUCUCCAGUGUUCACUUCUCUCCAAGAACAAAGAAGACCAGUGUCCAGGUGAACACAGUGUGUACUGGUUCAGAGCUGGAUCAGGAGAAUCCCAUCCAGGUGUUAUUUACACUCACAGGAACAGCAGUGAUGAACAAGAGGAAAGGAGCUGUGUCUACAGUCUGUCCAAAACUAUACACAACUCCUCUGAUACUGGGACUUACUACUGUGCUGUGGUCACAUGUGGAGAGAUCCUGUUUGCUGAAGGAACCAAAGUGGAGACAAAUAAAUGUCUCUUAGGAAAUGUUACUGAUUCAGGAUCAGAACUGGACCCAGUUGUCCUUGUGCUUGGAGUGCUGUUGGCCUGCUGUGUGACUGUGAUUGCCGUCCUUAUUUUCUACGUAAAUCAGAGGAACGUUUGUGAACACUGCAAAGCAGCAAUGAGUGAUUCCUAUCAUCUUGGACACGACAAGUCAACUGUGGAUCAAUCAAAUGAUCUGGCUGGUGAAGCAAAAGUAGUGAACUAUACAGCACUGGAUUUCUCCACAAGGAAAGUGAAAAGAGGGAAGAAGAAGGAAGACUACAUGACAGAGUGUAUGUAUUCUGUUGUUCGAGCAGAUUGCCACAACCAGCAACACCCCUCUCUAUAGGCAGAGCACGGCCUGUGCGCUGCUCCCCAAGUCUCUACAGAGGGCCUCAGUUUAGCUCAUGUUGAGGGUGGAUUCACAUGUAACAUUUUAUUCCCAACUGACAUCCCAUAAUGAUAGGAAGCAGUUGUGUAACAGAAUGUGUAUAUUUUCUAAAAAAGAUUUUCACUAUUUUGUGGGAGAGCUGCAGCUUUUCAGUUGCUUUGUUAGUUCAUUGCCACAGAAUGUGUGCCAGUAUUUCUGUAAGAGGACAUGUCGUCAACGUGUCUGUGGACCUGUGUUUGCUUCUGGUGUAUUGCUGAAAAUGGAUAUGGAGUAACUGUAUAUUCAUUAAUUAUUAAAUUCCUUUUUUUAAUCUAUUGAAGGUGAAAUUCAUGUUGAAAAGAAUGUACUAAUUUGUAGAUAUGUUUCUAUUUAACAAAUGCAAAGAUGCAAAAAUGCUACAAAAGAACUGCACACAGUACGUCUGUGAAAUCCCUGUGAAGUUGUCAAGAUUAGAAACUUGAUAAACUCUUAUUUUAUAUUAAUUAAAUACUGGAUUCGGUAAUUUUGGCAAAUGUUUGUAAAUCUCCAGAAUAACCAACACGUGUUUUGCACAGGAUCACAGCAUUAGCAACACUAUGGCAUAGAAAAACAGUUUUUUAUUGACAUAGUUUGAUAUCGUUACAAAUCAUGUUCACAAAUAGUUUGCGUGGUCACACAACAAAAACAAUAAAGAAAAAGCUACAUGCAUAAAUUCCAAAGACGUUUACUUGCAGUAGGCUUAUUGCUGUUUGGUCUC